UAUUUCCGGUUAUCAAUUUUGUGGGGUUGGGCACGUGGCCUGCAUCCGCAUGAUGGUUCCUGGAAGCGCGCAAUGCCCAAAAGCAAAAAGGACCUUCUCCCCUACAAAUAUAUUGGUAAAGCAACAAAUGGAACAACAACUAGUGGAGGCUCACAGUUGCUGCCAUUGUCGCGCACAACAAGCUGCAAUUCAUUCAUGGCCAUGAACUUUACUUGUGGAAGCAAUUGGCUUAGAAAGUUGGAAUUUUCUGUUGGGCCGUUGGGUCAGAGAAGAAAAGCAGAAACGUCCAAACACACUCCGCAAUCCGUACACUUGGGGCGUUGUACUUUUGCCGGAUGUAGUCAGCAAAAGAUGAUGGCGAAAGUAGGACCGUCGGAUGCUAAUAUCUUCAAAAACUUCGAGAGUCAGUGGGGCCGGCCGGGUAACGCGUGUUUUGAGUCGCAAAAUGGUGGGGCUGGCUGGGUCACCUCAGCUGCUAGAUUAUCUAACCAACUGGGCUGUGUGGCUGUUUGUCUUCCUCUUUCAUACCAAACAUUCAGUUCCUACAUACUUAAUGCCUGAGAAAGCUGAGUCGGCUUCAUGUUUUAUCAGUUGAAGUCCCUCAUUUGUUUUCUUUCUUGCACACGUUACAUUUUUUACAGGCUUAAUAAUUGAAGAUGAUUUUUAUUAUACAUAUU